CACACAGUGUGUUCAGUUCUGGUGGAGGAGAGGGAGUUAGUUGCUCUUUUUUUUUUGGUUAAGAGUGAAACACUAAGCCUUCAAGUAAAGAAGAUGCAGACUUUCCAUAGCAGCCAAUCUGUCAGGCCUUUUAAGAUGCGAAAGAGUUUUGCAACUAGACUGGAAGAAGUAGCUGGAAUUCGGGCAAAGUUCCCAACAAAAGUCCCGGUGAUUGUUGAAAGAUACCAUAGAGAAAAAUACCUGCCUCUACUGGACAAAACAAAAUUUCUAGUUCCACAAGAACUGACUAUGACCCAGUUCAUAACCAUCAUCAGAAGCAGAAUGGCCCUAAAUGCUACCCAAGCUUUCUACUUGCUGGUGAGUAACAAGAGUUUAGCCAGUAUGUCACUGACAAUGGCAGAAGUGUAUAGGGACUACAAAGAUGAAGAUGGCUUUGUGUAUAUGACCUAUGCUUCCCAAGAGAUGUUUGGAUGCCUUCUACCCAGCACCCAAAAGAAACUUGUGGACCAUCUUCAAACAACUUAAGUCUGUGGUUGGCAGCUGCAGCCAGGCAGCUUCUCUGUGAAUUGUGCCAGUUUGGAGAUCAGAGAUGCUCUUUCUAAUGUGGGCUCUUAAACUCUGUACUGAGGGCUAAUGGCCCAGAUGUUGGCGGGACCAACUGAUCCAGAAGUGAUGAUGCUGUCUUCCUAAACUUGGAGAUAUGUUUUAUAUUGAAGACA